GAGCAGGCUGACGAAAUGCCUCUGAAACGGGAAGAUACAGAGCGUGCUCUGUUGGUGAUGGAGGCGUGUCAGUCAGCAGCAGGUGAAGUGUUCAGGGUGAGAGCUGAGAGACUGCUGCAUGUUUUUCAGAGUGACCUGUUCCAGGCUCUGCUGGAUAUUCAGGAAUUUUAUGAACUCACAGUGUGUCAAAAUCAAACGCAAGCACAGCCACCUACAAAGGGCUCCCAGAAAUACCGUUAUCAAGAUGAGGAGUCCCCGCCCCUUGAGCACAGCCCUGCCCACAUAACAUCUGGAAAGAGUGGUGAGAUUUUGCACCUUAGUGACUCAAGCCACGCCCCUGCGGAUGGUGUCCAUGGUUACCCAGCACAUACACAUAUAUCACCUGCAAAGCCUGUCUUACUCCCCAGCAGCCACGCCCCAUACUACGCCACGUCCACUCUGAUGAACGGAUUAAGUGGAGAGGUAGAAUAUGAAGAGAUCACGUUGGAGAGGGGGAACUCUGGUUUGGGCUUCAGUAUAGCAGGUGGUACAGAUAAUCCACAUGUAGGAGAUGAUCCGAGCAUCUUCAUCACAAAAAUCAUACCAGGAGGUGCAGCAGCUCAGGAUGGACGACUGAGGGUGAAUGACAGUAUCCUGUUUGUUAAUGAUGCGGAUGUGCGUGAGGUCACUCACAGUGAGGCGGUGGAGGUGCUGAAGGAGGCAGGGCCAAUCGUCCGUCUCUACAUCCUCCGCAGGAAACACAUCGAGAUCAAACUCAUUAAGGGCCCCAAAGGACUGGGGUUCAGUAUAGCAGGUGGAGUGGGAAAUCAGCAUGUUCCUGGUGAUAACAGCAUCUAUGUGACAAAAAUCAUUGAGGGCGGAGCUGCACAUAAAGACGGGCGACUACAAAUCGGGGACAAAAUUCUUGCAGUAAAUAAUGUGUGUUUAGAGGAUGUGACGCAUGAGGACGCUGUAGUGGCGCUGAAGAACACGGCAGAGGUUGUUUUUCUCAGAGUGAGCAAAGCUUCCAACCUGUACACUCAGGACACGUACAAUCCUCCUGAUAUCACCAGCUCGUACUCUGCUCAUAUGGAUGAGAUGAGUCAUGGUUAUCUGUCAGAUUACCCACAAACCCUCACUCCCACAUCUCCACGUCGUUACUCACCCAUCCCCAAGGGCAUGAUGAUGGGUGACGAGGACAUUCCCAGGGAGCCGAGGCGUGUAAUGAUCCAUCGUGGUUUGUCAGGUUUGGGCUUUAACAUAGUUGGGGGUGAGGAUGGUGAGGGAAUCUUCAUCUCCUUUAUCUUAGCUGGAGGUCCUGCAGACCUGAGUGGAGAACUGCGCAAAGGAGACCAGAUACUAAGUGUAAAUGGCGUAGAUUUGAGACAUGCAACUCAUGAGCAGGCUGCAGCAGCACUGAAGAACGCUGGACAAACUGUCACCAUCAUCGCCCAAUACAGGCCUGAGGAGUACAGUCGGUUUGAAGCUAAAAUCCAUGACCUGCGUGAGCAGCUGAUGAACAGCAGUUUAGGUUCUUCAUCACUGCGGACCAGUAAGAGGAGCUUUUACAUCAGAGCUCUGUUUGAUUAUGAUAAGACAGCAGACGGUGGCUUCCUCACUCAGGCUGUUAGUUUCCGUUUUGGUGAUGUUCUUCAUGUUCUGGACUGCAGUGAUGAGGAGUGGUGGCAGGCAAGACGUCUCUCUCCACAUGGGGACCUGGAGGAGACUGGCUACAUCCCCAGCAAACGAAGAGUUGAGAGGAAGGAGUGGUCACGCUUGAGGUCAAAAGGCCGAGACGACUACAUUCAGAGUUAUGAAAUUGUUGUGCAGGUGGAAGUGCAUUACGCUCGUCCAAUCAUAAUCCUUGGACCAUCAAAGGACCGUGUGAAUGACGACCUCCUCUCCGAAUUUCCCGACAAGUUCGGGUCCUGUGUGCCUCAUACAACACGGCCAAGGCGGGACUACGAGGCCGAUGGGCGGGACUAUCACUUUGUGUCGUCACGGGAACAGAUGGAGAAGGACAUUCAGAAUCACCGUUUCAUCGAGGCAGGACAGUACAACAGCCACCUGUAUGGGACAAGUGUCCAGAGUGUACGUGAGGUAGCUGAACAGCAGGGGAAACACUGUAUUCUGGAUGUAUCUGCUAAUGCAGUGAGGAGACUGCAGGCAGCUCAGCUUCACCCCAUCACCAUCUUCAUCAGACCCACAUCACUGCAGAACGUACUUGAUAUUAAUAAGCGUCUGACUGAGGAACAGGCAAGAAGAGCUUUGGACAGAGCCAUCAAACUGGAACAGGAUUUUAUAGAAUGCUUCACAGCAAUCGUGGAGGGUGAAAGCUUUGAGGAAGUUUAUCAUCGUGUCAAAUCUGUGAUUGAGGAACAAUCAGGACCCUACAUCUGGAUACCAGCAAGAGAGAGACUGUAAAACAGACACACACACACACACACACACUCAUAUGAGAGAGAAAAAUCAGCUUAUUAUCAUUUCGACAGAAACUGAUACAAACCUCCAUCCUACUCUCUCUCUGUCCCAUCAUCCAAUCAGAGCUCAUUCAGAACAGAUACAAUCCUACUCUCUCUCUCUCUCUGUCUCUCUCUCUCUCUCGCUCACACACACACACAUCAACAGAGGAUUUAUUCUGAUGACGAUGAGGAUGAUUAUUGUUUCUAUGGUAACAGCUACGGUCACCUAAAAGGACCAAAAGACCAAAAAAGAGCAAAAAUAGAUCGACGCAAUAAGAGAGGACAGAGGAGCACUCAGCACUUUACUCACACACAGCAUACACGCAUACACACACACACAUACAAACACACACACACACACACACAUACAAACACACACACACAAACACACACACCCUUUAGACACUUAUUGAAUCCUCAAAAUGACACUAUAUGUGUGUGUGUGUGUGUGUGUCAGUGUGUGUGUCUGUGUGUGUAAUGUAUAGGGCUACUGUAUAUAAUCUGCACAAUACAGGAGAUUUUCUCUUUCCAGAAAAUCUACAAGCAAAAACUACAAUUUGGGAGAGAUAGACCGAGAGAGAGAGACAGAGAGAGAGAGACAGAGAAAGAGAGAUAGACAGACAGACAGAGAGAGACAGACAGACAGAAAGAGAGAGACAGGGAGAAAGAGACAGCGAGAAAGAGAGACAGAGAGAGAGACAGAUGUAUGGGUCAAUGACAAAUAUGAAUUUAAAUCCUCAUGUUUUUAUGAAUAGAAUUUUUCAUGUUGAAUAUUUUUGUUUAUAUCUUUUGGAAUUAUGAAGAAUAGAUUAUUACAUUUAAAACACAUUAUUAGAGUCUCAAAUAAAUAUAUUAAUACAAUUUUUUCUGUGCAUUUCGUGACUUCAAAAUGUGAUUUCUCAGUGGUAUUUUUGUUUAAAGUUAAAGAAAGAAACGGAAAUUUCUUUUAAUCUCAUUAAGGUUAAAAAAAUUUAUUUUACAUUUUAGACUUUUGAAAAUGUUGGACUGAAACCAUGACGUAAUUCUGUACAGAGAUUUGGGAUUAUUGUUAACAAUAUAAACUUCAGAAAUAAACAUAUCUCUCUGCCCUCCCCCCCACACACACGAGUCUCAGUGAUUUAAUUCACUGUUAAAGUGUUACAGAAAGUCUAUAGCUGUCUUUACAUUUCACCUUAAACACAAGAUUUCAGCUUUACUUUUUUUUUUCUUUUUUUUUUACAAAUAAAAUGUGAUGAUCGUUAUUUAUAUUAUUAAACACACUGGUUUUCAGAGCUUUCACUCCUUACACUUAUUGUCCCACUUACACUGUGCUGACAUUUCAGAAAAUUUACAGAAAAAAACUAAUUUUACAAACAGAAUUUCUUGAAAUUCUUAAAACAUAAAGAUUUCCCCCAUUUUUUAUUUAUUAAAUAAUUUAAAAAUAAAGCAUUUUUUUGGUUUUAAUCAUAGAUAUAUGAGCCCUAAUACAGGUUUCUAUCAUUUUAAAAUUAUAUAAGAAAUUUAUAAGAAAUUAAAGAUUUUUUUUUAUUUUUUAUUUUAAACAAUCUCCUUUGAGUUUUACAUUUCAAUAAAAUAUACUUCAAUAUUUUAUUAAUGUCAUGUCAUUGACCCAUAUAGUGUAUAUAUUAUAUUACAGAGAGGAAGACAGAUAGAUAUACAUUGCAGACAGAGACAGAGAGUGAGACAAGUGUGUUCAUUAAUAAAGUUUUGAUAAAGAGGCUUUAAAUUAUUCCUUUAUAACCUCAUUAUUUAUUUAUGAGUUAUUGGGUGGGGUUGUCUGUCUGUCUAUCUGUCUGUCUGUCUAUUUACUUUGGGGAAAUGAGAGUGUGUUUUGUAUGUAAUAAACACUCAUAUUGUAUUACUGUACAUAAACACUAUAUACUAUAUUCUGUAGAAUCAGGGCAUACAUACACACACACACACACACAGACACACACACACACAAAGACACACACACAUAGACACACACAGAGACACACACAAUGUGUGUUGAAAUAUGUAAUGAAGGUCUCUGUACAUUAAAUUAUACUGAAACAUUAAAGGCAUUUUUUUCAA